GCUAAAUUGUGGGGUGAUAGAAAAUCCAAAUUGCAAAUACUUGUACGAGAAGCUAAUACAAGUCGAGUGGCUUCACGAGAUCUCAGUUUGUUGAAGCCUGAAUUUAUGGACCAAAAUCAGUGGGACUUGUUUGUACAGAGGACAUUAUCAUCUACCUUUCAAGAAAAGAGUGCAAGAUUUAGAGCAAUGAGGGAAAAACAAGACCACAUUCACACAAUGAGUCGGAGGGGCUAUGCUCGUUUGACUCACAUUAUGGAAAAGACAAGUCCGAUGGAUACAAAAAUUACGAGAUCGCAAGUUUGGAUUGAAGGUCACAAGAGAAAAAAUGGGGAGCCCAGUACUCAAGCCGUUGGAGAGAAAAUGAAAAAAAUAUUAGAAUGUCCACCCGAAUCUCAAAACACAACUAAUAUUGCUGAUGAUGCAAUUAGCAUUGUGUUUGGCAAUGAAGCUCGGGGUAGAGUGCGUGGAAUGGGCUUUGGAGUAACACCAUCGAAAGUUGGAGCUUCAGUGCAACAAAAUGGAAUGGUUCAACAACUUCAAACUAUAGUACAAAAUGUUCAACAACAAAUGCAGGAAAUGAGGCAACAAAAUCAACUAGAAAUGCAAGAAAUGAGGUCUAUGUUUUUACAAAGUAUGAGACAACAAAAUCAUCCAGAACAGAUUGCUAGUGGUGGUAUUUGUAGCGGUAUUGGGAAUGAAUUUGGUAGCAAUAGCGAUAUUAAUAUUGGUGCCAAAAAAAGUGAUGAUUUUGGUCAUGUUUUUCAGUCAAAUUCGAGAAAUGCGAGUCGUGGAGAUAUAUGUGUUAAUACUAAAUGUAAGUCGCUUCAUUGGUUUGCUGAUGAAUUAGUUGUUGCAGAAGGUCGAAUUGCAUCCACAGAUCCAAAUACAAAACAUGCAAUGCGCGCUGCGGAAAGCGAAUUUGCGCGCUGCGAAAAGUGA